AUGGGAAGAGAUAAUGACAGCUACCUACAGGCAUUCAUCCUGGUGGGUUUUUCUGAUCGGCCAAGAUUGGAGAAAAUUCUCUUUGCUUUUAUCUUGGUUUUCUACAUCCUGACACUGGUAGGUAAUACUGCAAUUAUCGUCUUGUCAAUUUUGGAUGCCAGGCUUCACACACCCAUGUACUUCUUUCUUGGGAAUCUCUCUUUCUUGGACCUCUGCUUUACAACCAGCAUUAUCCCCCAGUUGUUGUGGAACCUUUGGGGUCCAGAGAAGACCAUCACCUACCAUGGCUGUGUGGCUCAACUCUACAUCUACAUGAUUUUGGGUUCAACUGAGUGUGUUCUGUUGGCUGUCAUGUCAUAUGAUCGCUAUGUGGCUGUCUGUCGGCCCCUGCACUACACAGUAGUUAUGCACCCACGUCUCUGCCUGCAGCUAGUGACUGUGGCCUGGUCCUGUGGUUUUCUAAAUUCCUUUGUCAUGUGUCCCCAGACAAUGAAACUCUCUCGGUGUGGGCAUCGCAGGGUGGACCACUUUUUGUGUGAGAUGCCUGCUCUUAUUGCCAUGUCCUGUGAAGAUACCAUGCUAGUAGAAGCUUUUGCCUUUGUUCUGGGGGUUGCUCUUCUUCUGGUGCCCCUCUCCUUGAUCCUCAUCUCCUAUGGCAUGAUUGCUGCAGCUGUGCUGAGGAUCAAGUCAGCAGAAGGGCGCAAAAAAGCCUUCAGCACCUGUUCUUCUCACCUAACUGUGGUCUCCCUCUUCUAUGGCACCAUCAUCUACAUGUAUUUGCAGCCAGCUAACAGCUACUCUCAAGACCAGGGCAAGUUUCUCACUCUGUUCUACACCAUUGUCACUCCCAGUGUCAACCCCCUCAUCUAUACUCUGAGGAACAAGGAUGUGAAAGGGGCUGUGAAAAAGCUUCUGGAGAGGGAAAAAGGGACUAGGAAAACCUAA